UUCCCAGCCUCAGUCACAGCCCACAUCUUGUCGCAGGCCGUCGAAUCGAGUCGGGGCGAUCGCUAGCCGCACAUCGAUUCAGAUUAAUAUUCAUAUAUCUCUAAUCAAUCCGUCGCGUCAUGGGAAGUUUUUCUGGCCGACGCACAGCUGCUGCGGUGGCUCUAUUUCUGGGUGUAAUUAGCUCGUUCUCAUUGAGAUUGACCGCUCAGGGCACAGACAACUGCAUAUCGAGGACCCAGAAUGGAAGGACGACCGGCAACUGCAUCUCCAUCAAGGAGUGCGAAUACUUUAUGAAGAUAUUGUCAUCCGUGAACCUAACCCAGAACGAUCGUAUACUGCUGCGCGACAAUCAAUGUGGUGUACGCAGCCGUGAUGUUCCGGUUCAGGUAUGUUGUCCCAGCACGGAGGGCCUGGGUGCACUCGAUCUUCCUUUGCUGCCCAAGACCUGCGGCUCUGUGAGGUGGCAGCGCACAAACGACACGGAAACGCGGAUCAAGGAGUUCCCCUGGCUGGCCCUUAUCGAAUAUACAAAGGCGUCCAAAGAGAAGAUCCAUGCCUGCGGUGGAGUGCUUAUCAGCAACCGCUAUGUGCUAACGGCGGCUCACUGCGUGGUCAAUGCUGAGGCCGAUAAUCUGCAGAUUAGCGCCGUGCGACUGGGGGAAUGGGACACGAGCACGAAUCCGGACUGCCAGUUCGACGAGCAAACGAAAAUCGUCAAUUGUGCUCCCGUCUACCAGGACAUUGGCGUGGAGCAGGUCAUCAGCCAUCCGCUGUACAACAAAACCAACCUGAGCCAGGUGAACGACAUUGCCCUGAUACGCCUGGCCCAGCCAGCCAUUCUCAACGAGUUCGUGGAGCCCAUUUGUCUGCCCAACAAGCAGCUGCGCGCCGACGAGCUGGAGGGUCUGGUCACCGAGGUGGGCGGCUGGCAGGCCAGGUCAAGCUCACGCAUGAAGAAGAGCACGGUGACGAUCACCUCGAUUGAGGAUUGCCAGGAGAAGUACGCCCGCCAAAAUCUGCACAUCCAGGCCUCGCAGCUAUGUGGAGCCGCCAACGCCAACGAGUGUCAUGGAAAUGCAGGCGGACCCCUGAUGUUGUUCAAGAAUGGUGGCUAUCUACUGGGUGGCUUAGUGUCCUUUGGGCCCGUACCAUGCCCAAAUCCAGACUGGCCUGACGUCUACACUCGUGUGGCCUCCUACGUUGAUUGGAUAGAGGGCCAGCUGAAGGCAUAGGUGGAAUCAUUUCCUUGCUAUUAUUUUUUUGACAUACAAUUGCCUUUGGCAGCUAAGAAAACUG